CUGCAUCCGCCGGCCGGCGGCUUGUGAACCGGAAAAGGGUUGUGUCGCUCUUUCAGCAAUUUCAGCUAUACAAAAGAAACUAAAUCCCAGUGUAAUCUACGAUGGUGCUAAACAUUCCGAACAUCGACCGCGCGGUGACCACGCGGCGGAGAGGGGUCUGGCUAUCCAAUGUUUUUCUUAGUCUUAGUAGUGGGGUGAUCGCGGCAGAGAAGCGGACGAGGGACAAGCUUCUACAAGCUGAAGAGGUGGAAACAAGAGCGCCGACGAAGAUCGGGAGCAUCACAAGUCGCAACAAAAACACAACCUCUGUGUUGUUAGAUGAGCAUGGUGGCACCACGACAGUCUCAGACUUCCUGGAAGAAGAGCAGAUGCAGAGGGGAAAUAAUAGCUCUCUUCAUGUAUCAAAGUAUCUAUGCUAGUCGCUUCAGCUUCACAAAAGUGAGAUCAGCGGCAACGGUCCUAGGGCAACCCGUUGAAGGCGAGCCUUUUCACCGUCACGCAAGACAAAGGGACGAGUGGAAACAGGGCCGCGCCAAUCCUUUCGACUACGGAAGGCGCGCCGACGCAAGUAAGAACAUUCGUAGAUCUACGAACAGUUUUUCAUGCACGCCACACUUGCAGUCAUUCCCACGAACCGGACGAUAACGAUGGUAGCUGGUGGGCAGCCGAAUUUGCGGACGGAAAUGGUUAAUUCGUCUCGAAGAUGCGGCUUUUCAAUCGAGCGGUGGACGAAAGCGGAGCAGACUGGCUGUUUAGAUUGAACAACGCGAUGAUGCUUUUCGAUGACGACACGUCCAACCGAAAACGAAAAUCCAUCGGGGAAAUUUCCUCUGAUCCGGCGACAGCGGACAACGUUUUUGAUUCGGGCGGCCUCCCUCACUGGUGUGUAUGUUUAUAAUGUUAUCACUUUUUGAGUUGAUGGAACUGGAUGCAGAGC